AUGGUGUUUCCACGAUGGUCUGACCAGGGUACUACUAACGCGAAGAUGAUGGAGGAUGUUUGGAGAACCGGGGUUAGGGUGAGGAAGAGGGAGAUAAAUGGAGUGGUGGAAGAAAAGGAGAUUGAGAGGUCCCGUUUGUUUACCAUAAGGCCUUUAAAGUGGAUCGUGCUUAAAAGGAAAACCGGUUACUUCUUUCGCUUUCCUGCCGCUCGAUCAUAUCAGAACCAUAAAAGCAUAAGGAACAAAAUGGGAAGGAGGGGAAUUCGGUUCAAGAAAGACCAUAUAAGCGAUCUGCCUCAAAGUAUUAUCGAAACCAUACUCACAAAGAUGCCAUUAAGAGAUGCUGUAAGAACAAGUAUAUUAUCUUCUAAAUGGAGAUACAAAUGGGCUACACUUACACACCUUGAGUUUGAUGAUAAAUGUGUGUCUGGGACUCAUAGUAAAUCACAUGCAAGGAGCAAUCUUGUAAACUUUAUCACACGUUUUCUUUUUCUUCACGAUGGUCCAAUUAAUGGGUUCGCUUUAUCUACCACUUAUCUACGAAGCUCCCCCAAUAUAGAUCAAUGGCUGCUUUUCUUAUCAAGAAAAGAUGUUAAAGAAUUGGUUCUUGAGUUUGGAAAGCGCAAGUUGUUUAGAGCACCUUCUUGUCUUUAUUCUUGUCAAAAACUGGUUCGUUUGAAGAUUGUUAAUUGGGAGUUGGCGCCUCCGUUAUCUUUUAAAGGGUUCCCUUUUUUGAAACACCUUAUUCUUAAACACGUUAGUAUUGCUCCAUAUGCUAUUGAGAAUCUUAUCUCGGGUUGCAUAAUUAUCUCUGGAGUAUACUCCAAAGCUAGUUGCUAUAUGUGUCAACCUGCUAUGAGCAAUAUAAUUUCAAGUUGUAAUUUUGACAAAUUUCUUGGUGGGGCAUUGUCACUUGAGAGGUUUAUUGGGCGCGAUUACUUUACGCUUUAUACGAGUAUAGGUAACACCAUCGGGAAAACACAAAUGAAGUACCAACAACUAAAGGUUAUUCAACUCUAUGAAGUAAGCUUUGAGAACAUUAAAGAAGUAACGGUGGUUGUUCGAUUCAUUUUAAAUGCACCUAAUCUUGAAGAACUUCAUAUUUCGGGUUCAUGGGAGUCAUUAUCAGCAACAGAAGCUCCAGAUUUGGAUUUCUGGGAGAAGGAAUGCCCCUCUGACUCCACAUUUGAAAGGCUUAAGAUUGUAAAGAUGACACACAUGAAUGGUUUUCGACACGAGAUUGGAUUGAUAGGGUUUUUGCUUGGGAGUUCACCGGUUCUUAAGACUAUGAGCAUCACUCCGGGUGUGUACAUGACUGAGGACAAAUCAAGCUUUUUGAUCGAGUUAUUGAGGUUUAAACGAGCAUCAACAGAAGCUGAAAUCAUAUUUGUUAAAGACGAGGUGUAAAUAUUGCAUAUAUAUGAAUUUCAUGCAUAUUCUGAAUUUCUGAUGCAAACACGAGAUCAAUGACUAAUUGGUAUAGGUUUAUAAACUUGGUGCUAAUGGUAUUAAGGUUAUGGAGACAACAAAUCAAAUGCUACCCAAAGGACUAUUUCGUUGGAUGGAAUUGAAUCACAAAAGAAUAGAAUUGGUCACAGUAAUAAAAAUGAG